CAUUGCAGCACGUUGACAAUCCUCCCUCUCUGUCUCAAUAAAGUUGACAUCAAAACAGGGUGCUCCUGUGUCCUGCUCCUGUCUGUUUAAGCACCUUGGAGAACUCCACAGCAGAGCGCACUGCAGAGGUGGAAUCGGGUUUAUGCGUAAACUACGUCAAAUCCGCACGGAAGUGCCGAGUGCUGCACAGGCUGGGCUGCCUCGUCUUCGCCCUUUGUUGAUGAUGUCGGCCGACUGUUAACCGUUUCAGGUUUUGCCUGCGUCGCUCUGUGCCGGAUCCCCCCUCUGUCCACGCUGCCUGGGUAUCAGAGGUGUUAUGGAGGUUGCGGGGCAGAUUUAGAGCGACGCGCUGUGCUUCAUAUUCAUCAUUCGCUUGAUCGGGUUUCACUGGAUUGGCCGAGGCGAGAUGCCAUUCAAGAGACUCUCCACAGCGGUAUAAACAGCAUGGCCAUCGCACAUUCCACUGGGUCUAAAUAUAUCUAUUAAGGCCACAGGAGGGGGAGGACUUGUGCAGGGUUUUUAUCCUGGGAGCUUCCACUGUCGUGGUCAACUCGCACCACUUGAAUCAUCUUCCGGAGAUUGGCAAUCGGUUUGUUGCGCCCAACGGAGGAGAACUUGGCCCCAUCCAAAACAUGCCCUCGAGUUACAAUGUGAGAUCGAGGGCGCGGGAGAGAAACAACGUCCUGACUAGACCCGAGUUCGUAUCCCUGAACCAGCCUCUCCGCGGCGGGAGCGGCGGUGGAGUCGGCGGCCCCUCGGAGAGCCGAGGCGGCGCGAGGCGACCAGGUCCAAUCAAGCACCAAACGAGCGUGCCGAGUGAAGAACCCGCCGACAAUGGCAACAAGGACAAGAAAGAGCCGGGCAAAAUGCCAGAGGAAGACUGUAUGCUGCUGAACCCUUCAUUCAAGGGAAUAGCGAUGAACUCCCUCUUCGCCAUUGACAUCUGCAUGUCCAAGCGCAUGGGGGUGUGCGCCAACACGUCCUCCUCCUGGGGAGGCUGCCGCUCCAUGGUGGCCCUGUUAGCGCUCACGGGCCACGGCAUCACGUGGAUCAUUGGCACUAUUGUGUGUCUCGCGAGGAGUAACACUCUGGCAGGGCAAGAGGUGCUGGUCAACCUGCUGCUUGCCCUCAUUCUUGACAUCCUGACGGUGGCUGGGCUCCAGAGGCUGGUGAAGCGCAGAGGACCUUGGGAGGAGACGCCGGGCUUAAUGGACUCCAUCGCGAUGGACAUCUACUCCUUCCCAGCUGCUCACGCCAGCCGGGCCGCCAUGGUCUCCAAGUUCCUGCUGUCUCACCUGGUGCUGGCUGUGCCGCUACGCAUCCUGUUGGUGCUGUGGGCCCUCCUGGUGGGCAUGUCCCGGGUGCUGCUGGGGAAACACCACCUAACUGAUAUGGUGUGUGGCUUUGCGCUGGGCUUGCUCCACUUUAGCUUGAUGGAGUCGGUGUGGCUCACAUCAAACACCUGUCAGAAUCUUAUUUCCAUCAGCAUGCUCAGCUGGAGCCCCUUUUUCUGAGCUUUUGAUAUGAGGCUAUGCUCGCACACAAGGCUUAUUUGAUACACUAACCUCACAAUGUCAGGGACUUAGGUCUGAUGAUGUUAUUUUUGUAAGGGUUUGACGUUCUUAUUGCAGGGUGUCAACAGAGAAGCAUCCAUAUUUAGGAAUCCGAUGCUGGAUGGCAUGUAGCACCCAAGACAGGCAGAUCACAAGACAUCAUGAAACAUUCAUAAUGCUUCACCAAUCCUAGUAGCUUCAGUCAAACCUACUAAAACACGCCUCUACUGCUCCUGGCUCUCAAUUAAGUACUGAUGAUAAAAGGAGAACUCAGACUACUGCAAGCUCAUGAUUUGGUGACAAUGUAUAUGUAGGGUUUUGAAAGAUUUUUUUCGUUGUUGUUUAUUCGAUUUGUGAUUAUUAUACAGUAUGAAAGCCGGUGCAAUUUAUCCAAAACUGAACCCCUUUCUAUUCAACAACUGAUUAUUGAGUCUGUGUGCCUCUUCCUCUUUGCCAUCUUACUUCCUUUUACGUCCUCCUUCCCUGCUACCUCUUCCCUUUUUCUCAUUUGUUUUGAAGAUUCAUGUUUUUCUUAUUUGGAAUGCUGAUAUACUUCAACUACAUUGAACACUGAAUAGCUUGGCGGAAGGCUAUAAUAUUGGAUAUAACACUAAAAUAUACAAAGGUUGGAUAUCCCACAUUGUUCCUUCUUUGGCAUGACUAUUAUGUUUGUAUAUCUCUGAGGGGAUUCUGUUCUUCUUACCGAAUGUUUAUCAAAUAUGAACUUAUUUUGAAGACAUUGAAUUUAGCUGCUUGUGUAAAAGAAAUGUCACACACGCAAAAUGUAAUACUUUUGUCGUAAAGUAUCAUUUCCUUACAACGUGCCAUUUAUGCUUUAUAGCUGAUAUUUCUCUUCAGCUCUUUCAUUUCAUGCUGCUGCAGUCAGCACAUCGGCCUAACUGAUGCUUAUUUAUGGUCAAUGCUGAUUGUGUGCCCCAAAAAACAACUGAAGUGUGUGUGUGUGUGUGUGGGAGAGUGUGUGCGUGCGUGCGUGCAUGCCUGAAUAGUGGCAUACAAAGUAAGAAAUAUCAGUUAGAAAUAUCAGUUUGAACAAAUUCUAUUAUUUUUUUAAUUUGAUGGACCUUUGAUUUAACAACUGCUGUUUUUUUGUUGCAAACUUGUUUUUGUGGUUUGAUGUGUAAAUACAGUUUUUUGUCGCCUACAUUGGUUUGCAUAGUUCUGUACAGGGAUCUGUAUGUCAUGUUUGUACUUUUUCCAGCAUUAAUAAAAAUGAGGCGGGCUGUCAGUAAAACGUU